AGUUAAUCGUCUUUGUGUGUCAUACGCAAAUGGGCAAUGGCAUACUUGUGUUCAGGGAACUGUGCUAUUUUCUGUUAAUUGUCGUAAACUUUGUGCUAAAUAUAAUUUAUAGUGUGUUCCAUUACUUUUUGUACACUAUUCAAGUAAUAUUACAACAAAUCAUCGAUGUAAAUAUGACUGACAAGCCGAAAAACCGCAAAGGAAACAUGCCAGUUCAACCUAACCAAACAUUCUCAAAUCGAAUUAUUGACGAAAAUUGGAAAAAAUUGCUGUCAAGCAACCUCAUGGAAGUGAAAGCCGAGAAAGUAGAGGAAAAAAAAAACCAUUUCACCGGAAUUUUUCGAAGGGCGCGAAAGAAACACGCCGACGGCUCUACCGACGUUACGGAUUUAAAAAAUUUGAAUAUAAAUAAUAUAUCGUCAAAUAAUAACAUAGAGAAGAUAAAUAGUGUAUCUGAAUGCAAUUAUGCACAUAAGCAACAAUCCAGCAGUAAAACUCAAAAUAAUGCAAGCAAAAACAAAACAAAACUGACCAAGUUCAUAGCAAUGGAUUGUGAAAUGGUCGGUGUUGGAUACGAAGGCGGUGACCACAUGCUAGCAAGAGUGUCUUUAGUCAACAAAUUCGGAGAUUGCAUUUACGACAAGUUUGUGAAGCCUCAGGAAGAAGUUGUAGAUUAUAGAACAAACAUUAGUGGCAUUAGAAGAGAGGAUCUACUGAAAGGUGAAGAAUUCAGGACAGUUCAGAAAGAAGUAGCAGAAAUUUUAAGAGGCAGGAUACUGGUGGGGCAUUCCUUGAAGAACGAUUUAGGGGUUCUCUUUUUGUCGCAUUCAAAAAAAAAUAUAAGAGAUACUUCAAGAUAUAAACCAUUUAGACAAAUAACUAAAGGAAGUACUCCAUCGCUCAAAAGAUUAGCAAAAGAAAUCCUAGGAAUAGAAAUACAGCACGGCGAACACAGCUCGGUCGAAGAUGCCAAAGCUGUGAUGCAGCUAUACUGUACUGUCGCUAAGAAUUGGGAGCAAGCACUGAGCGAGAACAAAGGUUACAGCAAAAAAUUCAUUGAAAGCUAACCAACAAAGACUUCAUUAAUGCGAAGAAUACCUUAAAAAAAAAUUAAAUUCAUGAUUUGGGAUUGUUAAAAAAU